GUCAGAUCUGAUCUCAGUGUGUCUGAGUCCACUCACUGAACUGCUGCUGCUGCUGCUGGAGGAAACGGGAGCUGCAAUCCGCACCAGUUGCCUGCACUCAGAAACUUUAUUUAAACUUUUUAUUUUAUUUUGGAGGGGGGAGGUUGUUCGGAGGGUUUUAUGCGCGGAGGAGAGCGAGGGACUGGAAGGUGAAAACUGUGACUGUCCCACGCUGCGAGCGAAUGGAGAAGCACAAAGUGCUGGACCAGCUCCUCAUGGAGCUCCAACGCUUCCUGCUCAUCCUGGACAAGGAGACACUGAGCGGGAACGCCACCGUCCAGAAGGGCUUGCUCUCCGAUAUCCUCCACUCCUACAGGGCCUCCAACGGUGCUGAUGAGGAGUACAUCUACAUGAACAAAGUGACUGUCGGUGGCAAGGACAAAGACGACAGAGAUAACAGACCAGAUAUCUUGCUCAAUGGAAAAGCAGCAAAAUGUGUUCCCGUCCCACAGAAGAGCCUCCCUGACCUUCCACCCCCCAGAUCAUGUGUGGUGGGUCGGGAGCCGUUCCCCUUACCUGCAGUUCCCUCUCCGGCCACUAUAGACACUUCAGAGAGUUACUAUGAGGAGGCGCAGCCCUACGAGGAAACUGUCAAUGAUCUGGACUGUUUUGGCCUCCUCUCAGGGCCCUGGAUGCGAGUGCAGAGCUCUGACAGUGUGGUCUAUGCUGUUAUCACCAGGGAUGACGGGGAGGUCAUCAGCAGCUCAUACGAGUCCUAUGAUGAGGAGGAAGUGACCAGAGGCAAGUCACCAUCGGCGCAGCACCAGUGGCCAUCGACAGAGGCGUCCAUCGAGCUGAUGAAGGACGCUCGGAUCUGCGCCUUCCUGUGGAGGAAGAAGUGGCUCGGCCAGUGGGCCAAACAGCUGUGUGUCAUCAAAGACCACCGUCUGCAGUGCUAUAAGAGCUCCAAGGAGCAGACGCCCCUGCUGGAUGUGAGUCUGCUGGGCUGCAGUUUCGUCUACAAAGAGAAGCAGCUGAAGAGGAAAGAGCACAAGCUGAAGAUCACGCCUGUAGGAGGGGAGGCCAUCGUGCUGGGCCUGCAGAGCAAGGAGCAGACGGUGCAGUGGCUGAAGGUGAUUCAGGAUAUCAGCCCCAAACCGUUAGAGAGCUGUGAACCCCAGCACUCGGUGACCGACUCCCCGAGGCUCAUCUGCACUAAGGGAGAGCUGGGUGAGAGACACUCGGUGGCUUCAGAGAGCGGCAGCAGCACAGACAGCCACGCUGAAACACCGGAAAACAAAGAUGUGAAGAAAAAAUUAGAUGCAGGUUGGAAGUUCAGUAACCUCAUGAACAUCGGCAAGAAAAAACCUUCCUCAUUGGAGAGUCCAGAGAAAUCUGUCGACACGUCAGGCUACCUCAACGUGCUGGUGAACAGCCAAUGGCGGACCUGCUGGUGUCUCAUCAAGAACGGUCAGCUGUGGUUUUACCAGGACAAGGGCAAACACAAGGUGAGCCAGCCGGCCGUGACGCUGGAGGGCUGCUGCGUGCUGCCCGACCCCAGCCCCGAGCACCUGUACUCCUUCAGGAUCAACGCAGACGGCGCACAGGUGGCGACUCUGGAGGCAAAGACGUCAGCGGACAUGGGCCACUGGCUGGGCCUCCUGCUGUCACAGACAGGCAGCAAGACCGACCCGGAGGACCUGACGUACGACUACGUCAACUCGGAGAGGAUCUCCUGCAUCGUCAAUGCUGCCAAGACUUCCUUAUACUUGAUGCAGAGGAGGUAUUCAGAGCUGAACACCUACAUAGACACGCCGCCCGCCGUCCCUCUCGACUCAGAGGAACUGUACGACGAUGUGGCGUCUUUAGCAGACCCAGAGGAAUCGCUUCAUGUGGCCACUUCUCAUCUCCUAACUUCCUGCUCUCGUGACACGCAGGACGCCGAGGAGAGCAUCCUGCAGGACACUGAGGACAACCAGCUUCAGCAACGUAAUGAAACACAAGCAGCACACGAGGAGACAGAGGGAACAGAGCAGGACAAGGUUUACCUGGACCUGAUUCCUGUGCGCUCCUUCCUCCAUACAUCCUGUGGGGGUAAAAACCCGCCCACCAAAGAAACUUGUACACACUUUAACGUGGAAGAGCAGAAAGACUCAUCGUGUCAAGAUAACGAGGUCACUUCGACAAACCCCUCUGAGCCAGAGCCGACACCCGGCUUAUAUGAAACAAGUUUGACCUCCGCUGUCAGCAAACCAGAGCUAACGCGCCCGUCGACUCCCACGCCGCAGCACGCCCAACUUCAGCCCCUCAAAACCACGUCCCAAAGCCAGGAGACAUCAAAGAGGAUGAGCCUGGGGAUCCCACCGGCCUUCAGCUCCCCCGGGGGACACAAAGGACCGACGGGUCACACCGCGGCUGGGUUCCCCCAGAGUCCUCAACCGCUGCGGCCCAAAGCUCACACCAUGGGGAGUCCUGGUGCAGUUGAGGUGAAACUGGGCAAAAACCGCACGGAGGCCGACAUGCGGCGCUACAUCGACGAGCGCGACUGCCUGGAGAGAGAGAGGGAGGAGGUGAGGAGCAGUCUGGGAAACCUGAAGAAGGAGCGGAGGGAGGCCAGAGAGGAGCUCAGCGCCUGCCAAGAUCCAAAACAACAGGCCUCGCUGGAAGCCCGUCUGAAGCAGAGGGAGGAGGCGUGUCGGGAGGCGGAGCAACGCAGGGUGGAGGUGGAGCUGCGGCUGAUGGAGGUGAAGGAAAGUCUGAGGAAGGUGGAGUCAGGGCAGUUCACACUGGGAACCACACUGGACAGCAGCCUCCAGGACAUGCCCACGGUUAAAUCUUCAACCCUGCCUGCUACCCAGACAUCAUCUUCAUCAUCGUCUUCAUUAACAACAUCUUCAUCAACAUCAUCAUCGUCCCAAAACCCAAACAACCUCAGUGCAGACUUGGUCUCACCGGUCAACUCUGCCUCUGCACUAAAGAACAGACCGGCCUCCAUCAUGGCCACGAAAGGCAAAGUUCUGCAGAAAGCUAAGGAGUGGGAGAAGAAAUCCACCACCUAGGAGGAAAACAGUCUUUGGUCUCCUCUGACCUGAUCAAAUCCACAACUCGUCCUACGUUUAGCAUUAGAAGUCCAGACAAAUAAAUCAACAACCUCCCUUCUCUGGAUCCUUCAUCCUCAUCACCUCCCUGCCAAGACUAAAAAGAGCCAAUCAGAGAGACGCACAAGCUGUUUCUUCAAAUACCACUGGAUAACUUUGGCUCUAAUGACUUCAAAAGUGUUUUUUAUUUCCCUCUGUUUGCAAGGAGGAGGAAUUGGAUGUAGGAGCGUUUUGGCCAGUCUAACAAUCGUUCUUGAUAACGAUGAAACGAGAUAUUUCAAUGCUACAAACGCAAAGAUUUGAAACCACUGAAAUGUUGAGACAGAGACACCCCUCGACUAAAAUGCCCAUUUUGUACACACCCUUUUGUAGCUUGGUUCAUGUAUGCUGGUAGCCAAGAUGUAAAUAUAUUUACACCAUUAUCCAGCCUCUUGGCUUGUAUUGCUAGGUAGAAAUGCACUUUUUAUUCAAAUAAAAAUGUACUGAUGACAA